CGCACUAUCAAAAAAGGCGGCUCUCGAGACUGACAGCCGUUUCGGCUGUAUCCCGGUGACAUCACUUAACCAACCAGCGUUGUUGGGACUAUAGAUGGAGCUGUCGAGUGCUAAAAAGGCAGGAUCCGACGAAGUCUUGUCACAAAGCGCUGCGCCUUCCAGACGGGAGCCCCAAGUUCUCGUAGUAGAGCGGAAGAGGGCGAGAGCGACAGAGAAGGGAAGACUGAAUCCAGGAGCCAGCUGCUGUAGCAAUGAUAUAGUCUAACAGCGACCAGAAAGUGCCAAUUCAGCGCGCGGAGUACGGUGCGCGAGCUGGAGGAGGCGCAGACCCAUUUGGAGAAAGAAGAAGGAAUGAAGCAGAAAGACGACGGGAGAAAACGGAGGUAGUUCGAUGAAAGGAAACAGCCUGACGAGGGGUUACAGCUUUUUGCCUAACAAAUAAUAAUAAUAAUAAUAAUAAUAAAUCCCGUCGCAUAUCGACUAACCUGUAAUCACAGCCAACGGGAAAAAACAUCAGAAGAAAUACGACAAAACCUGGGAGAAACCAGGGGAUACAACUGCCACUAGUGCAAACAAUCCACACAAUGAGGAAAAGCAACUUGGCCAAACGGGGCAUGCAAGAUACCAACCAGCCAUCGUCGCAGCCAGAUAAAACUGGCUGGAUUCGCAAAUUCUGCGGUAAAGGGAUUUUUAGGGAGAUCUGGAAAAACCGUUUCGUUGUGCUGAAAGGGGCCCAACUAUACAUUUCAGAAAAGGAGGUGAAGGAUGAGAAGCGUGUUCAGGAGGUGGUGGAUCUCACCGACUACGAGCGCUGCGAGGAGCUGCGGCGAACCAAGAGCCGCAGCAAGAGGAACCACAGCAAGUUCACCCUGCUGCGCGCCCGCCAACCAGGCAACACCGUCCCAAAUCUGGUGUUCCUGGCCGUCAGUCCGGAGGAGAAGGAGUCCUGGAUUAACGUCCUGAACGCGACCAUAACGCGGGCCAAGAACCACGUCCUGGAUGAAGUCACUGUGGAAAAAGCAAGCCCCCUCUCCCACCCCACGCGUGACCGGGCCAAAAUCCCCCACGCCCGUCGCCUGCCCACCCGGGGGCACCUCCUGACCGUGGCAUCCACCUCCACAUCGGACGGCAUGUUGACCCUCGACUUCAUCCAGGAAGAGGGCAGGUCCACGCCAGAGGCACGGGACGCCUGCGAAACGGCCUUCAAGGUCACCAAGGCCUCGGACGCAGACACCACAGAUCCCUUCCUGUCGCCGUGGCUACAGCCGCCGUCUGGGCGGAAGAGGGCGAAGUCGGGGAGCCUGCCGCGCCGGAGCGAGGCGUCUCCGGACUGGCUUCGGCCCGAGGGGCAGUGCCGCACCCCUCAGCCUGGCAGGAGGCCGGCCGCCCCGGAGAAGAGCCGCUGCGUCUCCAUGGAGAUCCUCACCCGCUCGGACUCGAGCGCGGCCAGGAGGCUCGGCCCCGCCCCUUCGGCCGCCGCGGCCCCGCCCCCGCUGCAGGAUCUCAUCUCCCGGAAACUGGAGAGGACUCAGGAGCUGCUGGAGGGGGUGCGGUCACUGGGCUGCGGGGGGGGUGGGGGUGGAGAUUCUGACUCAGGGGGCGUUGCCCAGGGAGGUGGGGAGGCAGAGCAGCUGCUGAAGGAGGCGGUGUCCGCCUGGGGGGAGGCGCGGGAGGUGCUGGAGGAGGUGAAGGAGCUGCAGGUACUGUUCCGGAAACUGGACUUGGGUCCAUCCUCCUCCUCCUCGCCGUCCCACAUGAUUGAGAGCUGAGGAGUCCCCAGUCGCUACAGGAAUAUGCCGUAUGAUGCAGUCGUGGGGGAAAUCAAAGAGUAAGACCAAUCAGUGUGCCCCCAUUAAAAAAAUGGCGGUUUCACGCUUGUGGAAAUACGUCUGGUUUUCCUCUUUACCACUCUUUGUUUUUUUUUCUACCCCCCUGUAAGUCCCUCUUCAUGGCCUCUGAGGUUUCUGUUUCCCUCUUGCGCCUCCCAGCAGAGCACCACUGAACUCUGGGACUGUGAUUUGGGGGGGGAGCAAGACUGAUCCGUGGGGGAAGGAAGCAGGGAAUGGACUGAAGAUGCUGUCGGGACAACGGGGCUUUCCUGGCUGGUCCCAGAAAAACUUGAAAUGUGAAUGUUCCCCUUUUUCAGGUUUUUCUAGCACACUGGGGAGAUUCCAGAACUUUCCGGAGUCACUGUACUCCCAUUGGUUGGAGCCAGUGGGGGGACAGUCGCGGUGUCAUCCUGCAGGGUACCCCUGAGAGGUAGCAGAGAGCAACACCACGUUGCUCAGCGAGGCUACGUUACUGUAUGCUUCCACGAGCUGGAUUUUAGCUCAGAUUUCUCUCCGUUUCUCUCUUCUUCUUCUUUAGUCCCUACUGCAGUCAGCCUGUGAAUUUAACACUUUUUUGCUUAAUUAGUUGGUCAGAAUGAAAAUCACUGAUGUUGAUUAAAAAAAAUAAAAACGAGAUGGAUGACA